GGGUAGACCGAAGGCACGACUCAGUCACCUUGGCAAAACGAGCCGAUCGAUCUUCGUGGAUGGGUUCGACCUGCAUAUAUAUACGUAGUUGAAAGCGGAGUAGAAGGGCGUUCCCGACGCACAUCUCCUCCCCCUUUCACUCUCACUCUGAGCCUCACACCGAUCAUGCUCACUCUCCGCUCAUUCCCCGUAGCCUCGCCAGCAGACGCUGCCAGAGCAACAAUCGUUAGACCCGUGCUUCGCCGACUGGAGCUCAGCUUCAACAGCAACGGAAACAACGAUCAGAUCUGCAAUCUGUUCGCAAAGGCGCUGCGUCUCACAGAUUUUGACCACUCUCACAUCACGGAAGAAGAGCGAGCGGCCGUGCGCUUGAUACUCACGGCCAUCGGCCCGAUCACCGUUGCUUGUGCAAAAUGGAACCUUCGCAACCAGCAACAGCCCGUCUUCUGUUUCGGUGGGACAUCUGCUGAGGAGCAUGUAGCUCGAGUAGCUCAUUCUUGUGCCAAACCUCUUUCUGUUCAGUUCUUGGAAGCAGGCCCCGCCAUAUCAAACCAUGGUAGCCAUCCCUUCGCGAAGUCGUCGCCGUCGUCCGAUGGAGCUUGUCUCCGCAGACACAUGCACAAGGCCUUGCCGGGGUUGGUGGAGAAGCUUGUUGGUGGAACGAUCGCCCCGAGUUCGCUCGUUUCCAAAUCUGGGAGUCAAAAACCAGCGACUUUCAACUUGCGUUCAACUUGCGAUGGAACGGGAACGGAUUACCUGUCAUACACCACUCAAUGCCUAGCUGAGCAUGAUCCCAAGACCUUUCCAUUCGCCAGAACAAACCACAAAACAACUCAUCAGCGACAUUACGCUUCUCCGCCAACUGCCUUCCAUCUAUUCAGGCCUACUUCCGUUCAGCGGCUACGGUUGAGCCCACCACCGCGCGGGGAACGUGGAGCUGUUUUCAAAGGGAAGUCGUUCGUAUUGAGGGUGGCUGUGGGACGAUGCGCGAUGUUUGAAGUGACUGAGAGGAUUUUCUUACGUGCCUAUUUGCCUCCCGCUGUAUUGAGACAUCGCUUAUUAGUCUGGAUCCUUGAAGAGCCGUAGGGCCUUGUUCUUCAAAUCCGCUCUAUCAGCUCCCGAUAUGUUUGUUUUCUUUGGGGUCAGGUCUGGGCCCCAUUCCCUGCCGCAUCCGCAGACAGCGACAUGCGGAAGCGGCCAAACGACCUUGUAUGCACGGAGUAGCGCCUGCGCGCCGGUUGUUGGAAAGCCCAUGGUUGACUGUCAGUUGGACGCGCUGUCGAAAUCGGGGUGAGCUCCUCCGCUCAAUAUUCUUUCUUGCGCCGCAAACUUUCCAUUGUGCACUUCAAAUCCAGCUAUGAGUGAUGUUAAUUUUGCCCCGGGAACUGCAUCGCGAGCGUUGUGUACCGUAGGAAUGUUUGGGUGGUCAACGGACGGUUGAGUUCUGCCAUCCUCAC